GGACCCUGGAGCGUUGCAUUUUUCGCUUGAAUAAUUUGCUCGGGCUGUGCAUAUUAUAUUAUCAUUUAUUUGGGUAAAACGAGCAAAUUACGUCCUGGGUAUAUAUAAUGCACCUUCUCGCUUUUUCCACCGUCUAAUGGUGGUCGCCAGAGAUUUGGAGGUGUAUGAUGGGGUGCACUGCAUUGCCGAUAUGGGCACAGAUCAUUACAUGAUGCUCAAAAAUAUGUCCCAGGCAGCUACUCCUUGGGCAGAUAUGGCACUAUAUGGCAAGUACGUCACAUAUCUGCUCGUUGGGAUCGUGUUUGCAGGCACCGUAAAGCACUAUGUUUUUUCUAACUACGACGUGGAUCGUGUGAGAGGUGGACCCGCACGGAUCAUGGAGAAACUGACUGCCUAUAGUCGAUUCAUUGUCUAUCGUCGGUUACCUUCCAAGAUCUGCCACCGUCUCGGUCUGCCGUCCUCUGUGGGCAGUCUUCUGCUGAUAGGACUUGUCACCCUUUACAGCUUGCUCUGGUGCUUUGUUCCGCACCCUUACUAUCGCGCCUGUUUGGGCUUCGGCUCCCCGCCGCUGGGAGUUCGAUCUGGUAUGAUGUCGACGGCUUUUGUGCCUUUUGUGUUCAUUUUGUCAGGAAAAACCAAUCUCAUUGGCUUCUUGACGGGAAUUUCGCACGAAAAGCUCAACAAAUACCAUCAGACAGCAUCCAUUUUGUGCUUGUUCUUUGGAUGGGUCCACACCAUUCCUUUCUACAUACAAAACUCCAAGGAAGGUGGAACGGCCAGAUUACAUCAGAAAAUGUAUGCGACACCGGUCUAUGUUUCAGGAAUCCCCCCUAUCAUCUUUUUGACCCUGCUUUGGGUUGGUUCGCUCCGAAUCGUGCGGCGGUUCUGGUAUGAGGCAUUCGUGUCGUUGCACUGGGUGCUUGCGAUUGGCUUCUACAUCAGCUUGUUCUACCAUGUUUAUGGCUUGCUCAACGCCGACAAGUACAUGGUGGCUACCAUUGUGAUUUGGUGCGCACAGUUAUUUUACAGAUGGUUUGCCAAGGGCUAUUUGAGACCCUCCAGAUUCAUGAGGACUGCCACUGCCAGAGCUCGCAGAGUCGGUACACCCAAUCAGAAAUGUAUGGAGGUUUUUGUUGAGGUCCCUAUCAAGUGUGAUCCAGGUCAGCAUAUUUUCCUGAAAACACUGGAUAAGAAAGUUGCAGAGCUGCAUCCAUUCUCGGUAAUUCCUUCGUCCAACGGCUUCAAACUGAUUGUCCGCGCCUACGACGGGUUCACAAAACACCUUUAUGACUCUUUAGAAUCGCCGCGUGAUCUGAAAGUGCUGGUGGACGGACCUUACGGCGGUGUUGCGCGAGAUGUGCGCAGCUUCUCUAAUAUAUAUAUGCUGUGCUCCGGAUCCGGUAUCACGUCCUGUCUACCUUUUAUUAUGGUCUAUGCAAAUUUGAUAGGAAUGCCUGCUGUGCCGUUGCGGACAAUCCGGAUGGACUGGAUUUUGAGACACGCGGAGGACGUGUGCUGGAUCGAACAAGAGCUGGAUUUAAUCAGGGAGAGGUAUGGGUCUCUGUUGAAAAGUGGUGCUUUGGAUAUUCACAUCUACUGCUGUUCUGGUGAGACUGAGAAAGUGAACUUAUUCGGUUUCGAAUACCACAACUACAAGCCUGUGGUGGCCGACAUUGUGAAAUCUUUCCAGCUGGGUAGUACCAACUGUAUUAUCUGUUCCGGUUCGCAAAGCUUAAAGGAACAGGUCGGAAAUGCAGCUGCCAGACUGCAGUCUCAAGUGGGCAAUGUCCGCGAGGUGUAUCUCCACACCGAGGAGUUCAGUUUCUGAUUUUUGGAGAACGGACUCUGCUAGACUUGUUUGAUAAUUAAUUAUCAACCAAUUAUAUAUUUGAUUCUUGAGUUGGUGGACAUCUGACUAGAUGACGCCAUGGCAGGCGGAAGAACCAGUAAUAUGUUUUGUACAAAAUGAUUGCCAACGACCCAACUACGGAAGAAAGACUUUGGCUCUUACUCCCUUACCACCGUGAAAGCUUUUUCCUCCGAGCAGUAGCUUUAUAAACUUUGAUACUAUAUCAUGGCUUCCAUGUAAGACUGUGUGCAUGUGGGCAUUGUCUCUAAUUGCUGAUAAAGUGACAGAAAUAAAGUCUC